AUGCAGGAGUUCUCAUCCUUAUGUAUGGUUGACGUGGUUGGUGUAGUUGGUGGUGUGCAGAUGUUGAACCUGGGUUGCAGAACCAGCAACCGGAAAAGCCUCAUCCUGACCAGUACAUCCCCCACGCUGCCACGGCCGCACUCUCCACUGCCUGGACACAUAGGAAGCAGUCCACUGGACAGCCCGCGCAACUUCUCACCGAGUGGACCUGCCCACUUCUCCUUCGCCUCUUCGAGAAGGGCUGAUGGUCGUAGAUGGUCCUUGGCUUCCCUGCCUUCCUCAGGAUAUGGCACCAAUACGCCCAGUUCAACGUCAUCCAGCUCGUCCCAGGAGCGUCUGCACCAGCUGCCCUUCCAGCCGACCAUGGACGAGUUGCACUUCCUGUCCAAGCACUUUGGCAGCACAGAGAGCAUCACGGACGAUGAUGGGGGCCGACGCUCGCCACAUAUCCGCCCUCGCUCUCGGAGCCUCAGCCCGGGGCGCUCUCCAUCCUGCUAUGACAAUGAAAUAGUGAUGAUGAACCAUGUCUACAAGGAUCGCUUCCCCAAGGCCACAGCUCAGAUGGAGGAGAGGCUGGCAGAGUUCAUCCAGAACUACUCCCCAGAGAAUGUCCUGCCACUGGCCGACGGGGUCCUCAGCUUCAUCCACCACCAGGUAGCAGAGCUGUCCAGAGACUGCCUGACCAAAUCACGCGAGGGCCUCAUUACCAGCGUGUACUUCUGUGAACUGCAGGAUAACCUGGAGAAGCUGAUGCAUAAUGCUUAUGAGCGAUCAGAGAGUUCGGAGCUAACCUUCGUCAUUGAGCUGGUAAAAAAGCUCUUUAUCAUCAUAUCUCGUCCAGCCAGGCUCCUCGAGUGCUUGGAGUUCAACCCUGAAGAGUUUUACCAUCUCUUGGAGGCAGCGGAGGACCACGCCAAAGAGGGACAACUGAUGAAGGCAGACAUCCCUCGAUACAUCAUCAGUCAGUUGGGGCUGACCAGAGACCCACUGGAGGAAAUCGUGAACCUUGACAGCUAUGACAGCGAGGGUCCGCACACACCGGAGACCGAUGACUCAGCAGAGGGAAAAGGAAGAGCCAUCAAGCCACCGAGUGAAGAAGACUUUCAGAGCAUCAAACUGAUCAGCAAUGGAGCGUAUGGUGCCGUCUACCUGGUGCGCCACAGGGAGACACGUCAGCGUUUUGCCAUGAAGAAGAUCAACAAGCAGAAUCUGAUCCUGAGGAAUCAGAUCCAGCAGGCGUUUGUUGAGAGAGACAUCCUCACCUUUGCAGAGAACCCCUUCGUCGUCUCCAUGUUCUGCUCCUUUGAAACACGCAGACACUUGUGCAUGGUCAUGGAAUAUGUCGAAGGCGGUGACUGUGCCACAUUGUUGAAGAACAUUGGGGCUCUCCCUGUGGAGCUGGCGAGGAUGUACUUUGCGGAGACUGUUCUAGCCCUGGAGUAUCUGCACAACUAUGGUAUCGUCCAUAGAGACCUCAAACCUGACAAUCUGUUGAUCACCUCCAUGGGCCACAUCAAGCUGACAGACUUUGGCUUGUCGAAGAUGGGCCUCAUGAGCCUCACAACCAACCUGUAUGAAGGACACAUUGAGAAAGAUGCCAGAGAGUUCCUGGAUAAACAGGUGUGUGGCACUCCAGAGUACAUUGCCCCAGAGGUGAUUCUCCGUCAGGGCUACGGCAAGCCAGUGGAUUGGUGGGCCAUGGGUAUCAUUCUCUAUGAGUUCCUUGUGGGCUGCGUGCCUUUCUUUGGAGACACUCCUGAGGAACUGUUUGGACAGGUCAUCACAGAUGAUAUAGUUUGGCCAGAUGGUGAUGAAGCCUUACCUGCGGAUGCUCAGGAUCUUAUCUCUGCCCUGCUUCAAACCAACCCUCUUGUGAGAUUGGGCACAGGUGGAGCAUUUGAGGUGAAACAGCACUCAUUCUUCACAGAGCUGGACUGGAACAGUUUGCUGAGGCAGAAGGCUGAGUUCAUCCCUCAUCUGGAGUCAGAGGAGGACACCAGCUACUUCGAUACCCGCUCGGAUCGUUAUCACCACAUCAAUACGUACGAUGAGGAUGACACCAAUGACGAUGAGCCGGUGGAGAUCAGACAGUUCUCCUCCUGUUCUCCUCGAUUCAGCAAGGUGUACAGUAGCAUGGAACAUCUUUCUCAGCUGGAGCAGAAAGCUACUUCCUCUGUGUCCCGUCGGGAGCAUAAGGGUCCACGGGAGGACAAGGUGACCAAGAGAGAGAGCCUGGGCAGCUUCAGCAUGAGGGACAAGAGCUGGAGGACUGGAUCCCCUGAGAUGAAGCGGCUGUCCUGUUCAGAGUCCCUCUACAUGGAAGGGGAUGCAAGUCCUCCUCUUGGUGCUCGACGACGCUUCUCAGCCCUGAUGGACACACAUCGUUUCGCCUCUCCCUUAGAGGGUGAGCCUGACUUCCUGUCCCGCCAGGCCCCCAUCAAGGUCCGUGGAACCUCACUGGAUGGGACAAGCAUUACUUCGCCGAGUCUCCUGGAGCAGAGGAACAGUCUAAAAGAGAUCAACGGAGCAGACAAGUCCCCUAGACAUGGAGAGACAGUGGGAGUCACCACAGCCAUCACCACAUUAUCCCCAGGUCCUGCAGCAUGCAGUCGGGACGUGAUGACCCCUCUGUAUGACCCUCUGGGGGCCCGGGCCACCAAUGACCUGGUCCUCCGCAGGGCUCGCCACCAGCAUUUAUCUGGUGAUGGAGAAAAACGCAACUCCAGACCUGGCAACAAAGUCAUUAAGUCAGCCUCAGCCACGGCCCUGUCUGUCAUCAUACCAUCAGUGGAGCAGCAUGGCGGGUUCUCUCCGCUGGCAAGCCCCAUGUCUCCUCACUCGUACUCCUCCAACCCGUCAUCCCGUGACUCUUCACCCAGCAGAGACUUCUGCCCAGCGGUCAGCGUUCUGCGCUCCCCCAUCACCAUCCAUCGCUCUGGAAAGAAGUACGGCUUUACCCUCAGGGCCAUCAGGGUCUACAUUGGAGACAGCGACAUCUACAGCGUGCAUCAUAUUGUUUGGCAUGUGGAGGAGGGCGGCCCCGCACAGGAAUCUGGUCUGUGUGCUGGUGACCUCAUCACUCAUGUCAACGGGGAGCCUGUGCAUGGUCUGGUCCACACUGAGGUGGUGGAGCUCAUCCUCAAGAGUGGUAACAAGGUGACAGUCACAACUACACCUUUUGAGAACACCUCCAUCAAAGUGGGUCCUGCCCGCAAAGCCAGCUAUAAGUGUAAGAUGGCCCGACGAAACAAGAGGACCAUGGGGAAGGACGGCCAGGACAGUAAGAAACGAAACUCAUUGUUCCGCAAGAUCACAAAGCAGUCCAAUCUCCUCCACACCAGCCGGAGCCUGUCCUCCCUAAAUCGCUCUCUGUCCUCCAGCGAGAGUCUUCCUGGAUCCCCGACUCACAGCCUGUCUGCCCGGUCCCCCACUCAGGGCUAUCGCUCCACCCCUGAACCCUCAUACCUGGGCGCUUCAUCCCAGAGCAGCUCUCCAGCCUCCAGCACUCCAAACUCCCCUGCUCCCUCUCAGCACAUGAGGCCUAGCUCCCUGCAUGGCCUCUCCCCUAAACUCCACCGUCAGUAUCGCUCUGCCCGUUGUAAGUCUGCCGGCAACAUCCCCCUAUCCCCACUAGCCCACACCCCCUCCCCUACCCAGUCUUCGCCUCCCCCCUUGCCAGGCCACACUAUCGGAAGCUCGAACACCACCCAGUCCUUCCCUGCCAAGCUCCACUCCUCACCACCGGUAGUUCGUCCCAGACCCAAGAGUGCUGAGCCCCCGCGUUCGCCUCUUCUUAAGCGGGUUCAGUCAGCAGAGAAGCUGGGCUCGCCUUUGACCCAGUCCAGUUCGACGGGAGGACUGGGGGGUCCGUUGAGGAAGCACAGCCUGGAGGUGCAGCACUCUGAGUACCGUAAGGAUGCCUUUCUCUGUGAGCUUGGGCUCCAGAGCCUUCUGGAGACAGACGGAGAAAAUCUACCAUCUAACCCUUCACCGCUACCAUCAUCAAUAACUCCAGAGACUGGUGUGCUGAAGCCUGUGAGGAGGCUGGGGAGACAGGAGUCACCGCUUAGCAGGGAAACACUGCUGGCCGGGAGGGAAAGGGAAGAGAGGGAGAGAGGACGGGAGAGGGAGAAAGAGAGGGAGACUGAGACCGGGACAGUCCUGGAGAGAGUGAGUCGAAUUGGAGCAACAGUAUCCCUCUCAUCCUUAACAAGAAAACCUCAUACAGGUGAGCUGCCCUUGAGUUCACACGGUUGCCACAGCUCCAGAUUAACUGCAGAAACCACUAAAACUACAACUCCUAGCACUCCUACCAAAACAACAGGAAGUCACUCUGUUCAGAAGGAGCCUGAUAAGAUCCUCAAGGGUCAAGCAGACUUAAAAACAAAAGAGUUUGACCCCAAGGCUACCAAAAGUGUGUCAUCAAACAGUAAAAAUCCCCAAGGGCAGCUGCUAGCGGGCAAAACUGAACCAAAGCAGGAUGGAGACAACAAGAGUGGUCCUAGUAGGCCUGGUUUACCAAGUGCUGCCUUCACCGAGAACUCUGCUACUUCUUCAGAUAAAUGCAUUGGCAUGAGCAUGACUGUGACAGGAGGUCCUCUGAGCAUGAGCAAAACAUUUAAACCAUCAGGUAUGGGGGACAGCUUGAGAAAGGCUGGAGCUGAGAGCAGUGACUCGAGGACUCCAGACUUUGGCUCCAGAAGCCCCAAACUCCCAGCUCGGGUUCUUGCUCCCGUCGUCCCUCCACAUGGGCAGUCACUCUCUCUGGGGAAGGUAAGGCAGGGACUUGGAGCUGUCAACUGCUACCGGGGAACCCUUGACUGGGAGGACAAAUGUCGCCUGGAAGUGGUGGAGGAGCAUUCGCCUUCUCCCUCUCCCUCCCCUACCGCCGUCACUCCCUCCCUCUGCGGACCUUCCCUCUGUAAGUCACGCCCUGUCUCCCCUGGAGACAAGACGAGCUUUGUCAGCCAGCUGACCACCGUGGCCAAAAGUGUCCUCGGGCCAAUCAAGCUUGGCUCACAGGAGGGCGCCAAGAACAGAGACCAGCAGACUAAGGUGGCAGAGGAGAAGCAAGGAGGCACAGCGGGAAGGUCUGACACUCCCACUGGAGGGCGAGUGCUUUUUGGGACUGCAGUGGUGACCCAAGGUCCGGCAAGUUCACCAUUUGACAAAGCUGCAACAGGUAGCACCCCACCGAAAAUGUGA